GAGUUUGUGGGCAGUAUGAAAGUCAAUGGCCUGGCAGUUGCCGCUGCCUUUUCUCCCGAUGGCCCCACGGUCUACACGAACUCGGAUGAAGGAGAUGUUUAUGUCUGGGACGUGAAGAGCAGGAGGUGUCUGAACAGGUUCACAGAUGAAGGCUGUUUGAAGGGGACAUGCAUUGCCAUUUCUCGGAAUGGGCAGUACCUAGCCUGCGGGUGCAGUUCUGGAAUUGUGAAUGUGUACUCACGAGACAGCCUGAACCAGUCCAGUCCAAAGCCCAUUAAAUCCAUCACGAACUUGGUUACUGCCGUUUCGUCAAUGGCCUUCAACCCAACCACAGAGAUCUUAGCAAUUGCUUCGAAGGACACAGAUGACGCAGUCAAGCUGAUUCACAUCCCAUCCUUCACAGCGUUCUCAAAUUUCCCGAUGUUUCGACGGAAGACCAUACACCUGGCACAGGAGAUGGAUUUCUCACCCAGAAGUGGUUUCUUUUCCAUUGCCAAUAAUCGAGGCAAGGCCCUGCUGUACAGGGUGAAGCACUAUACCGACUUCUAACCCGCACCCUCGGCAGCGCUGUGAUCCCCAUCUCACCAUCAUAACAUGGAACACAACACCAUCUGCUGGGUCUGGCUGCCAUGCACAGGGACUGCUGUGGCACCAUCUCUGGGGAAUUACAGUCCUUUCACAAAGGAACCCCUCGAUUCUAUGAAAUGUUUUGAUGGUUUCAGCAUUUUGUUCUAUUGUGGACGUGUUUGUAUAAUAAAUAAACCUGCAGUGCA